AUGAGCAGAUGGACUUUAAACUUCAACAUCUCUCAUGUAGCCAUCUCCCCCAGACCUGCAGGAAUGCAGGCAGGCAGCCAUUAGGCUCAGAGGGUGACAAUGGCAAGGUGCUCUUGGACAAUAUUGUUUCUUCUCUCUGCCUUUUUCCUUCAGACAGAGCAGACAGUGUUUAUAUCAGCUGUUGAUGCAAACACUGUUAUCAAGAGACAGAGGCGUGCCAGUUCCCUACAUUUGGAGGAGAUCCUUCAAGGCAACUUGGAAAGGGAAUGCCUUGAAGAGAGAUGUACACAUGAAGAAGCAAGAGAAGUGUUUGAAAAUGAUGAAAUGCUUAAAAUGUUUUGGGAUGCCUACUAUGGUGGCAGGAGGUGCUCAUCGAGCCCUUGCCAGCAUAAUGGUGUGUGUGAGGACAACAUCCGUGGGUACACCUGCACCUGUGCCGAGGGCUACGAGGGAGAGAACUGCGCUUUCGCUAAAAAUGAAUGUCACCACCAAGCAAAGGAAGGAUGUCACCACUUCUGCUACCCAGGAAGUAAUUCCUACCGUUGUUCCUGUGCAGAUGGCUAUGAGCUCGGGAAGGACAAAAAACAGUGCAUUGCAUUAGAUCAAUGUGCAUGUGGCAGACUUCAAGACAGUGAUAAUGUGAUACAUGGAACCAGGAAGAAAAGUGAUGAGCAGUUUCCCUGGCAGGUCCUGCUGCUGAACUCCGAAGGGAAGGGCUUCUGUGGAGGAGUGCUGCUAAAAAGUAACUUUGUGUUGACUACAGCAGAGUGUGCCCUUUUGCACAGCCACUUUGAAGUCAGGGUUGGCACUGGGUCUAAUGGAACAAGUGGAACUGAGAAGAUAAUGCAAGUUCAUGAGAAACACAUACACAUCCGCUACGAUGAAGACACUGGUGAGAAUGAUAUUGCAUUACUACAACUCCAAGAGCAUGUUGAGUGCAACAACCAUCAGCUGCCUGUAUGCACCCCUGAAAGAGACUUUGCAGAACACAUUUUAAUUCCAAAACUGCCUGGUACAGUCAGUGGCUGGAGAAUGGAAGGUGAUGAACUUCAUGGUGAUAAGUUACAGGUUUCAUAUCUUCCUGCUGAGGACUGCAAACAAAGACUCAACAUAAGCCUCACAAACAGGCAGUUUUGUGGACACCUUCAGGAGGCUGUAGACAAACAAUUAGCUGGAGGAAGCUUUCUGGCUACCAAGUAUAAGGACACUUGGUUUCUGACUGGUAUCCUGGGAUCUUGGCCACUUGAAGACACUGACUGGGAAACAUUCUUAUUCACUAACACUGCAAGGUAUAUGAUAUGGUUUAAACAAAAAAUGAACUAAGAUACAAACACAACCAACCCUCCAGCACCAAACCCCCUCCAAUCACUGAAAGGAAACAUCUGGAUGGAGCCAGUAUGCCCAUUUGACUCUAUCACUAUUUGCAGCAAUGGAAGUUGCAAUGAUGCUAUGCUAACUCCAAUUCACAGAGAAAAGCCCGUCUGUCUUUCCUCCAUCAGCUGACACACAGGACUGUGAAAGUCAUAAUGCAGUAAAACUAGUUAUUUCACUAAAAACUGACUCAAGUUUCCUAGAACUGUUAAUCUUAAAACUCAAAAAGCAUUGAUGUUUUUCUGGGAUUUUAAAUGUUGCUAGAAGUAAAUGAGUUUCUCUAAUUGCUGUUACCCUGAGGUUUGAGUUGGCAAAUUCAAUGUCAGCAUCUAUACAAGUAAAAUUUAUGAGGACAAGGGGAA